AUGUCGAAAAAGUUGCACGAGCAAUUCUUUCGGUGUCACCCCAAGCAUCCCGGCAGUUAUACAUCGGCAAGGGAGGUGGAGCAAUGGUUGGCGACUUAUUUACCGUGGCUAAUUUUACCGCAGUUCAAACGCCCGGAGCUGGGCAACAUCAGUUUGAUCGGCGCAAAGGACCGCAAAUUGUUGCGGGCACGCCUGAUCAACGCACUGUCACUGGACGAUACACAGGCCGACGCGUUGCUUCCAAACAAGACGCCGAUAACGUAUUCUAAAGUUUCAGGCACGCGGCAUCUCGUAUACAUCGCCGGUGCCGACCCCUGGCUGGUGCAGCUACAGGAUGGACGAAUGUUCCCCACGAUUUACGCGCUGUGGAGCGCCACAGAUCUGCUACCAGCGCUUCGAAUACACCGCGCAGUGCUCACUUACGUAAUGCGUGGAGCGCAUCUUAUGAUUCCAGGAGUGCUCAAUUGGCCGUGUGACAUAAAACCCGGUUCAAUGGCCGCUGUCGUAGUCGAAGGCAGCCCCUUUCCUGUGGCCGUGGGAGUUUACGAAGGUUCCUUUGACGAACGGGGAAACGUACGCACCUCUGGCAGGGCAAUGGAGAUCUUGCAUUAUUACACAGACGGCCUCUGGUUAAAACAUAACUGUGGCGACAGGAAGAUGAGUUCCAAGGCCCUUCCAAGCGAGUCGUCAUCAAAUGACGAAAUAAACGUGGAACAGGGUGGCAACACGUCACAGUCGGAGAAAAGCAAGCUCUCCCAACCGCACCAAAUACAAAAUAACACAAGUUACGUUGAUGUCACAAAUUUACAAUCGGACAUAUCUGCGGAGACUCAGAAUGGCAGUCAACAACAAGUUGACGCAACUAACACCGCGGCGUCAGGACAGAGCGCCGAAUCCAGUUGUCCAAAGAGCGAGAAUGCACCUGCUGCGGAUCCUUAUGCGUCACCGCAAGGUCACGACAAAAAAUCGACGGAGUCCGUAGCGUUCAAUGUCAAGCUGGUGGAUCAUGUGUUACGGCUAUGUUUCCUGCAAACAAUCCACGGAAUAACGGAUGCACAGUUGCCCAUGGAAAUAAGCGCUCUUUACAGCCAAAUGACAGCAGACGGUACACGACUUUUAGCAACGUCGAAAUUCAAGCAACUCCUAAAGCAAGCCGAUCUUUGGGAUGAUAACAUAUCGCCGCAAUACUCCGCUCAAUUGAUCUCCUACCGCAAUUCGUCCUUCAAAAAGCUUGCCAAAAUGUUCCAGACAUGGGCGAAGGAAGGAAUCAUAACGAUGAAGGACUUGCGGGGUACAGCAACGGUUGUGAAUAUAAAUCGGAACCAUGAGGCAUUUAUCCAAUUCACUCCAAUAAACUUGGUACAUUUAAAGGAAGCUGGAACUUCGAAGAAUGACAAAGUCAGAGUAAAGCGCUUUCUUGCUUUCUCUUCUUCGCAGAGGAAGGCGAUGGCUGAGCGUGGCCUGAAUGUGCAAAAGGAGCCGAUGCCACUUGAGCAGUUUAAGCAAUUCAUCAUAGAUCAUGUUACCAAGGAAGGUGACGCCAUCCUCGCUUUCGUUAACGAUGCCGCACAGUACCACCAAGUGCUGCGCGGAGAAGAAGCUUCCGCCAUACGCAAGGGGGCGGUGCAGCCAGUAACCGUUACCAUAGAACCACGUGGAAACCGCAAACACAUAACAAUUGUCAAAGGGUUGUUUAAUUUCCUGUUCAAUGUGGACGAAUCAGCGGUUGCAGAAGCCUUGAGACGUAAAUUUGCGAGCUCGGUGUCUGUCAACAACGGCGUGAUUAUGAUACAGGGCAAAGUGGAAAUCAAACGCGAGCUUGUCGAGCAGUUCGGCCUGUCACAGCAGCACAUCCAGUUGCAAUAG